UAAAGGACGGGUGAGGUGGUUCUCGGCCACUAGAACACGACCAGCCAGUCUGCUACUGCCAACUGGCAAACAGCUUCCAUCGGGGAUCAAACACUCGGCCAGAUUCUUUAGCGGCUUCAAACAUUUUCUCCGAUCGGGCAAUUCCUCCGCGGCUCUGCAGACGAAAGAGUGUGGGCAGAGAUACAAAGAAGAAUUGGAAAAGACGAGAAAAAGAGAAGAAAAGGGAAAGAGUGUUAUCUUUGGUAUCUUUGUACUGCUACCAUUAAGGCCACGAGUUGAAGAACAGACAAGAAAUUACAGAAGUUUGCAGCUGAGCUCUGAAAGAUUAGAAAUAAAAGAUAACGAGCCAAAAGAGGAAAAAAGCUUUGAAAAACCAACUCAAGAUGAAAAUGGGAUACUGUCUGCUUGGAGCCUUGUCACUCGUCUGUCUCCUUCUGGCCAUCACAGUGGUACCUGUGUCAUCGAGACCAAUGAGGGAAGUCACGUGUGAGGCAGGCUGGACACCAUUGGCCGGCGCGUGCUGGAUGGCCAUGCCUGAGCUCAUCUUUGCGCAAGGGGUGGACGUGGCGGAGACGUUCUGCCAAAUGCAAAACUCAAAACUCUACUUCUCAGACUCAGCAGCUUUAUGUUUCAAGACAGGUAACAGCAAUUACGAUUCAGUGGGCCAAAUGGAAACAGCGAUUAAAAAGCGAGUUAUGGGCAACAUAGGAUUUUGACUUCCGUCUUCGGGAGAAAGAGCGCCAUCUGCCCGCCUUUGCUGCCCAAACAAAUGCAGGUGUUGAAAGCAUCUCUGACAUCUCAUCUUCAUUCUCUGCCUUCUUGUGGAUGCACGUCAUGGCCUGUGAGUGAAAGUACGGCCAUUUCGUGGUUGGCGGCCUUCCCGAGAUCCUCUGCCGUGACUGUCACAGAGGGCGCCGACACCUGACCGUUGGUAUCGUCUCGUCCUCAUGUCGACCGACAAUAACUGGCUCUUAACUGAACACACUGCUGUUCAGUAGCUGUCUGUCAUCUUUUAAAGUUUGGAUUUUUGUACUUUCUCGUCCAAGCAAGCAGUCUGUACUUUAGUUAUCAGAGGUUCAUUAAAAUGCAGGUCUUUUCUUUGUAUUUCUAGAAGGUAGUGUUCCAGUUUUCAGUCUAACAAUGGGUAUGGCAGUACAGUCAAGUUUAUUUAAAUUACCUGAUAAUCUAGUUCAUUUUUAACCUGACUUUCUGAACUAAACACGUCCCUAUACCCUCAUUUACUUGUUUUACUCGGCCUCUCCGGUGGGCUUUCCUCACAGUUUUGUUCUUUUUGUUUCAUGCAUGUAGAAUUUUUUAGUAGUAGUAGUAGUAGUAGUAGUAGUAGUAGUAGUAGUAGUAGUAGUAGUAGUAGUAGUAAAUCUUGACAAGUAGUUGAAGACGUCACCUUGACCUCCACGUGUAUUCCUUAGAAGGCAAUAUUCUUUGUUAUUAAAGUUAAGGUUUCUAACUUUCUAGGCUUCUGUUCCCUUAUGAGGCUUCGAUCCUUACUACAUUGAACUGACAGAUGUGUGCCCAGGAAACUCAUUCAAAACAAAACUUCAGACCAAGCAUUUAAACUAACUUUUGUCCAUCAAGCUUUGACUGCCAGAUUUUUCUUCUUUAUUUUGAAGCUAUGUGGUUGUGUUUACAUAUUAGUUGCUAUGUUUUUGCCUCUGUAUGCCCAACAUGCUUAUUUUGAAUUUAUAUUUGUACAUUUGUGUCUGUUUUGCUUACAGUAGAGGACUGUGCCUACUUUAAUGUGGGAAAGGGUGAAGUAGACAUACACAUCUACUUAAUAUUAAAUAUGCAUUUCUCGCUUUCACUUUGUAUUAUGACACGGUGGUCGUGGACAAACCAGUCUUGUGCAAUUACAUUGGUAUGAAAUAAAGUUAUGGGCCG